UAAUUUUUUUUUUGAUUUUGAUUUUUAUCGUCUUCACUUAAAAUUAUGAUGAUACAGCAAGCAGCAGUAGCAGCAGGAGGAGGAGAUAUAAAAGCAGCGCAGUAGCAAUAACAGCUCGAGGAAGAGAAAGAGAGAGAGAGGGAGAGGUAGCUGGCUCGUGCGAAGAGGAAUGGGAAGUAGUAGAGGCGGCGGUGAGUGGGAGUUGGGUAUGGUUAAUGGUAAUGGUAAUGGUAAUGGUAAUCCUAAUAAUAAUAAUAAUAAUAAUAAUCAUAAGAAAAAUAAGAUGAAUGAAUUUGAGGAGAGGGUGAUGGAGACGGUGAAAGGAUGCGAGGAGAGGAAGGAACCUCCGCUGCUUUGGGCAAUGGAAGUCGCCAAAUGCGUGGGCUCUGCCGGUCUAGGGCUCCCCAGUGCAGAGUUGGGUCACUUACUCGUCUCUCAACUCUGUCUCUCCAACAACAACAACAACAACAACAACAACAACCUCAACCUCAACCUUAACCACCUCAACCCCUCCCUCUGGAAGUUCCUCGACCAAGCCCUCUCCUCUGCCCUCCUCUCCCCUCUUCAAAUCCUCGCCCUCCUCACUUCCAGGGUUAUUCCUCAUCGAGGGUCUCAACCAGAGGCAUAUAGACUCUAUCUUGAACUUUUGAGCAGAUAUGCAUUUUCAUUUGAUGGGCUCGGGACAGAUGGUUGUAGAGAGAAGAUAAUAAAAUCUGUUGAUGUUGCCCUUCAGCUUUCCCAAACUUACAGAGUUCAGGUUCUGGAGCUUGGACAUGCUAUGGUGUUGUGCUUCUUCAGCAUUAUCGUUGGCUUAAUUGAUAGCACAUCAUAUGACUGGGGAUUGCAAAUGACAUCUGUUGAUAAAGCAAAUGGAGAGAUUAGAAGUGAAGAUAACCAGAACAUGGAUGUGGACUCUAAAGAAAGUCAAAUAUAUAAAAGAAAUGACCAUCGUGAACGCAUAAGGAGAUCAAAUUCUUUUGUGGCCUUUGAGUUGUUGGGAAAACUAACAGAGAACAAAAAGGCUACGGUUCUACUCCGCCUUGUUUACUUAAAUAUGCCUGAAAAAUUCAGUGGCCUCCUGCAGAGGAUGCAGUUUCUUGAAGCUCAUAAGGUAGCAUCCCCAAAUUUAAAGUCUGCAAAUCAGCUUUUGGUAAAGUUAACUGCAAAUAUCCGGAGGGCAAUGGGUUACGAAUACCAGUUAAACAAGCGACAGCUCAUUGGGGUGCUUAUUGAUAUCAGAUUAUGUAAUUCUGAAUCUGGUAGGUUUGCUUGUUGGGUUCCUUUUGAUAUUUAUAUGGAGAAUGCUAUGGAUGGGAAGCAAUUUCCAGUCACAUCUGCUAUUGAUAUACUUACAGAAACAAUCAAUACACUUAAAGUAUUUAACAGGGCAAGCUGGCAAGAAACAUUCCUGGCACUCUGGCUUUCAGCCCUUCGGCUCGUGCAACGAGAACGUGAACCCCUGGAAGGCCCAGUUCCACAUCUUGAGGCCCGCCUUUGUGCCCUUUUGUCUAUCACCCCCUUGGCAAUUGCUCGUGUUCUGGAGUAUGAUGCUUCAUUGUGUUCUUCUGUUCCAGGAGGUGUAGCAUCUAGAUGUAUGGAGAAUGGUUAUGGACGUGGAAUGGAUGGCAAUGAUCAUGCUUUAAGAAGACAGGGACUAAUUUCCUCCCUUCAGGUCCUUGGACACUAUACUUCCCUCUUAUGCUCUCCUGCAUCUGUUGUUAAUGCAGCUAAUAAUGCAGCUUCUAAAGCAGCAUGCUUCAUCUUUAAUUCUAAGAAUGUGAAGGAUGGAAUAAGUGGAGGUGGUCAUAGUGAUACUUCUGUAAAGGCAGGAGGUGACAUGAGGCACCUUAUAGUGGAAGCUUGUCUUGCAAGAAAGUUAAUAGACACUUCAGUAUACUUUUGGCCUGGUUAUGUGCCUGCAUCAGUGACCUCGUUCUCAGAUCAAUCACCUCUUCAGAAAUCUCCUUGGUCAAUGUUUAUGGAAGGAGCUCCAUUUACCGGUCCCCUAAUAAAUGCGCUCAUGAUGACUCCUGCUUCAAGUUUACCAGAGGUUGAGAAAUUGUAUUAUAUUGCAUUGAAUGGAUUGGAGGAGGAGAAAUCAGCUGCUGCGAAGAUUCUAUGUGGUGCAUCCCUCAGUCGUGGAUGGAAUAUUCAGGAACACGUGGUGCACUUUGUGGUCAAGCUUCUUUCUCCUCCUGUACCUCCCAAUUUUACUGCGUCAAGGAGUCAUCUGGUUGAUUAUAUGUCCAUGCUAAGUGCAAUCCUUUUUGGGGCUUCCUCUAUUGAUACUGUUCAUAUUCUUUCUUUGCAUGGUGUGGUGCCUGAAGUUGCAGUUUCUCUAAUGCCACUUUGUGAGACUUUUGGGUCACUUGUACCAACAUCAAGUCCCAAGUCAAGCACUGGCGAUGAAUCUUCAAUUUACAUGGUCUUUUCUUCUGCAUUUCUCUUUCUUCUUCGCCUGUGGAAAUUCUACCGACCUCCCCUUGAGCAGUGUAUUACGGGACGAGGAGGGGCCAUUGGGGGUGAGCUUACACUGGAGUAUCUUUUGUUGUUGCGCAAUAGCCGCAUUCAAUCACAUAAUUCUGUUUCCCAGGAGGAAAGGGACAGCAGUUCAAACAUGCAUGGAUCCACAAUGGAUAAACCCAUAUAUAUUGAUUCUUAUCCAAAAUUACGGGCUUGGUACUGUCAAAACAAAUCCUGUAUAGCUUCCACACUUUCUGGUCUCUGUAGUGGGAAUCCAGUCCAUCAAGUUGCUAAUAAGAUCUUGAAUAUGAUUUUCUGGAAGAUGACUAAAAGUGGGACCAUGUCCAGUGACUCUUCCAUGCUAUCGAGCAGCAGCAGUGUUAGUGGUUCCUCAGCUAGUACAGCAGAAGAUGCUUAUCAGAGACCUGUACUCCCUGCGUGGGAGAUAUUGGAAGCCAUCCCGUUUGUUCUUGAGGCAAUUUUAACAGCUUGUGCUCAUGGAAGGCUUUCAUCACGGGAUCUGACAACAGGCCUGAGGGACCUUAUCGACUUUCUGCCUGCUUCUCUUGGAGCUAUAAUUAGUUACUUUUCUGCAGAAGUUACUCGUGGUAUAUGGAAACCGGUGUCAAUGAACGGAACGGACUGGCCUAGUCCGGCAGCAAACCUCAUAACUAUUGAGUCUGAAAUUAAGGAAAUUCUUGCUGGUGCUGGUGUUAAUUUUCCGAGCUGUUCGUCUGGGGUUUCACCAGCAAUGCUUCCACUACCAAUGGCAGCUCUUGUCAGCUUAACAAUUACUUUUAAACUUGAUAAGAGUUUAGAGUAUAUCCAUGCUGUUGCUGGACCUGCCUUGGAGAACUGUGCCUCAGGGUGCCCUUGGCCUAGCAUGCCAAUAAUUAGCUCUCUUUGGUCCCAGAAAGUCCGCCGCUGGCAUGACUUCAUUGUUGUAUCUUGUUCUCGCUCUGUAUUCAGGCAAAACCAGGAAGCUGUAGCUCAACUUUUGAGGAGUUGCUUCACCUCAUUUCUUGGAUCACUCCAUCUAUCAGCCUCUCCAUUGACUAAUCCAAAUGGAGUGAAUGGUCUCUUGGGCAGUUUUAUCUCAGCUCCAGGCCUUUGCACUCGCGUAGCACCUGGAUUUCUUUUCCUCCGAUCUUGUCGUACAAUACACCAUGUCCAACAUGUGAAUCAUGUUAUAGUGGAGCUUGUUGCCAAUUCUGCCCAGGAAUUAGCUGCGAGAUGGGCGAGCACGGAUUCCAACCCCUUGAAGUCUAGCCGAGCAUCUCUAGCUGUUGCCAUUGACAGGGCAAAGGAGGUGGCCACACUCGGUGCAAGCCUCUUGUGUGUUGCAGGUGGGCUUCAGCUGGUGCAGGAAUUACAUCAGGAGACUAUCCCGAUGUGGUUACUCUCUGCAAGGGACACAAAACAUGGUGAUGGGGCGAAUGCUGUCUCCCGGAUACUGGAGGGAUAUUCCAUGGCAUACUUGUUGGUUAUGUCAGGGGCUUGCAUAUGGGGUGUUGGCGACAAACCUCCGUCAUGGGCAUUCUCCAAGAGGUUGCGUGUGGUUGGGGUCCACAUGGACUUCGUUGCAGGGGUGUUGGAUGGGAACAUAUCGCUGGGAUGUGAUCUGACCACGUGGAAAGCUUACGUCUCUUGUUUAGUUGGUUUGGUAGUGAGUUUUGCUCCAGUGUGGAUUCGGGAAGUGAAGCACGAGACGCUGAGGAAAUUGGCCACUGGAUUGAGAGGAUGGCAUGAGUGUGACUGGUCUUUCCCUCCCUUGAAAAGAGGUGGGGUUGCAACCAUGGGAUCUGUUGCUGAACUGGUAAAUGUAAUCUAAUUAAGUUGCCAUUUGGUAACAUUAUAGUUAAUGUUUAUCUUUGAUAAAAGCGAAAACAAAAAAACAUGUUUGGUA